UGCCUCUCUCCGGUCUCAGCACAGCAACGUCAUCAUCAUCAUCAGCAGCAGCAGCAUCGGCGCAGCAAACGCAUUAUCGUCUCAUGUCGUGAAGUAGUCCAUCGCCGUCGCCGUCGCCGUCACCGCCACCCUGCCGCGCCCACUCCAUCGCAUCUUACUCGGCCAGUCGCUCCUCGUCAUCGGGGCUAGCCGCAGAUGCCUUUCCCUUCGUCGUCGUCCUCGGCCCACGACAUCUCGGAUCACUAUGGCCUCGUCAAUUUGGGGAACACUUGCUUCCUCAACUCGGUGCUGCAACUCCUUGCCGUCACUCGACCUCUUCAUGCGCUCCUCCAUCCUGAAGGCGAUCUCGCCUUGCCAUCGAGAGCACUCGAGGAUGGUCUUAGAACAGUCAGCCUCACCCCAAACCGUGUCCCUCGACGGAAGGUUCCUGCCCUACUCGCCAUCGAUGAGAGCAAGCAGAGGGCCAUUGCUCUUCCCGAUCUGACAGACGAAGAGAUCGAUCAGCUACACGCACUCCUCUCCCUCUCCGAGUCGUUUCGCUUCACGCUCGACAAGAUGUGGAAGCAGGGUUCGAGUAGUAGUGGAGGCGCAAAGGCGAGCAGCAUCAGCCCAAAGACACUCCUCAAGCUGCUUGCGAAAAAGUACGACCAGUUCGGAGACUACGAACAGCAGGACGCGCACGAGCUACUUCGUCUCUUGCUGGACGCCAUGCGAAUGGAGGAGAUCGAUUUCAUCAAGAAGGUCAAGCCAAAUCCGCGAGGCUCGAGAUCACUGACACCCUCCGCUUCGACGGGCACACUGAGCGGCGCAAGUUCCGUAUCUUCGGACGAGCGUGACUCAGCUGCUACAAGGCAGUGGAAGCGAUCCUUGCCCACCGGUGGAAGAGGGGACGAGACACCAACAGCGGGCGAAGAGCAGCAGCCUUGGACUUCUCUCGUCGACGUUCUCUGGGGUGGCAAACUGGCAAGCAUGGUCGUCUGCGAAGGCUGUCGGCAUGUCUCGCAUACAUACGAGGAUUUCCUGGACCUCUCGUUGCCGCUACGCGCAGAGGAUGCCCUGAGCAGAGGUGGAGGCAGUGGCAAGGAGCGGCGCUCGACGAGGAUGAGGCUCACAGAUCGAUGGAGGAGCAGCAGGCCGGGCUCAACGACGCCUGGACCGUUGGACAAGAAGGCGGCGGCCGAGGCGAGAGACACAAUCCUCAAGGGAACAACAGAGGACGAUGCCUUUGGCCCGAACGGCGUAUGCGAUACCGAGCCCAGCGUGGACACGUCGUCUGCGCAGCGAAAAAAGCAUAGAGGCAUCAGACCAAGCAGUGCCUUUGGACACCGAGCAGGCAAAGAAGCUGCCUCUGCGGACGAAGGCGAGGGAGCAGCGGCAGGCAGUAGUGGCAGUGGUGGCUGGGGAGCUUGGGCAGCUUCGCUCGGGAGGAGCAGAUCUGCUCGUCCAGCAAGCGCGAAGCCGCAACAAUCAUCAAAGACUGUCAGUGCAGCUCCCUCUGCCGACGAGCAGUCAGAUCGAGACGCGAUCGAUAUGCCCGACGUCGCGUCCCUCGCCAUCAGUCAGCCGCCAUCUCGCCCUUCUUCAACGCAGCCUAUCACCGCUACAACUGCUGCGGAUCCAGUCCACGCUAAUGCACUCAACGCAGCUUUUGAGGCAAAGACCAGAGGCUCAAAGGAUCUCCUCAGCGCCUUGAGCAAUGCGUCGAGACCAAGCAGCCGCGCAACCAGCAAGACAAGGGAGCGAUCCGCUUCUUCCGGUCUCGGCCCGCAGCUUGCGCCUGAGUUGCGAAGUAGUAGCCCCGGCACUGAGAGGGCCAACGCCGCCCAACAACGAGGUCACCACCCACAUCAUCAGCAUCAUCACUCCAUCUCGAACCUCUUUCCCUCUCUGCAUCACCAUCCUGGCUCCUCCUCGUCUUCCUCGUCGCGCAAGGAGCCCUCCGACCAAGCAAAGUACAUCGCCCGCGUCUUCAGCGAAUCACAGCUCCAUUCGGGCGCGUCAGGCUCAGAUAGCCAUCAGCAUCAACCGCCUGUGAGCAAAUUCCGCGCAAAAGUCAGAUCAGACCAAGCGGACACGGGUCUCGUAUUGGCUCUACGCACUUUUCACUCUUCUGAGGUACUCAGCGAUGCCAAUGCCUUCCAUUGCAAGCGCUGUUGGCGACGUCUCAACCCUGCGAAAGGUGCGGAGAGAGAGAUGAUGCGCCGCAGGAGGGUCAGGAGAGGGAAGAGGGCGAGCGGGAGUGAGGAUAGUGAUGAUGCAGAGGAGAGAGAGGGGGAGAAGAAUGAGGAGGAGGAUGUGAUGGCAGGCGACGCGACGGGAGACAGCGACGGCGGCGGUGAUACAGCGCCCACGCCAGUGCCGCAGGGCUUGGCUGCGCCUGUGAAGCUCGUGGCUCCACAGGCUAAGCGUGUCGCUAUCCCUUCGCUGGGUAGCUUGAGUUCCGAUGAGGACUCGGAGGCGGAGGCGAUCGCACCGACAGCCGCGAGCGGCGACGUACGUAUCGAGCCCCCGUCUCCUCCAGCAAAUCCGAGCGAAGGCGACUCAGGUGCCAGGACUCCCGUUUCGCGUACGCCGUCAGACACAGCUCGGCCGUCACCUGCCGUUACGGGCGGCGCCGACGAUGCAUCGAAGAGCUAUCUUGACGCGCGGUCGGGAGAUCCGGAGGCUACUGUGAAGCCGGGCGAAGGCGAGAGCCUGAUAGCACAGCUGGACGCUCAGGCGGAAGCGCAGACUGAGGAGGAAGCGGCUGCUGCUGCUGCUGCUGCGGCACCGGCUCCCUCGACCUCCGUGUCUACCACAUCGACCAUAACGACAUCCUUCCCAGGCACAUCGACGUCGAGCCUUGGCACCCAGUCGGACGCGGCGCCGUCUCUCACUACCUCGGACACUGGCACGUCAGCCGACUCGACGCAAUCCAGUCGCCUCGCUCCGCCGGUCGCAGCCCUGAGCGAGGUCAGAAGCAGCGAUUCGGAUCCGAUCUCCUCAUCGAAAGACCUCCCUGGCUCACGCAAGGCAGUAGCUGCCAACGGCGCCCGUUCAGCGCCCGGCAGCACUAUGCCCUCCCCACGCUCGGCCACGACACCUCUGCCGGUCCCUCGUCCCCUGCGCAUAGCGCAGCGCUCUUCCCAAUCCAUCCCGCGACGGGCGCUCAAACGCUACCUUAUCUCCGAGCUACCACCGGUGCUCGUCUUCCACCUGAAGCGAUUCCAGAUGACCUCGGGCCAUGGCAAGUCCUCCUUCAUGUCCUCAUCGGCAGGCAGUGGCUCAUUCAGGAAAAUCGACGACGUUGUGAGCUUCCCUGAGUGGCUGGACAUGGCCGAGUGGAUCGCCCCGCCUAGAGAGGAGUACGAUCGCUUCGGGCGGUUGAAGGAGACGAGUGACUCGAGCGUGUUGGAGGAAAGGAGCAAGGAGAUGACGCAGCGUCAGGCCGCUGUUGUAGCGAACGGGCACGCGGAGGGGUCAGCUGCGGACGGCGUGGAGAGCGGUAGUGAGCGCGAGCCUGACGCUCUUUUGUCACCGAUGCCGAACGGAGGAGCGAAUCUGGGCAGACGACCCUCCACCUGGAGCCGUAUCAGGGCACGAGCCACCAGUGGCGGCAGCAAUAGUGGCGCAGAGCGUCGCGUCAGCGCUGAUGGGGCGUCGACAGACUUGCCCUCGCGUACUGCGACCCCGUCGACAAGCGAAGCUCGCGUUGCUACUCCCCGUAUCACUCAAGAAGAGCUCCACGAAGCCUCAGGCACCAAUGGGGCAGCCAGCCAGCGUCCGCCACGCACGCCUUCCCCUCUGUACCGCCUCUACGCCGUAGUAGCGCACCAUGGCGCUACGUUACACGGUGGACACUACACCUGCUUCGUGGCAACAGAUCGUGCUCGUCCCCGCUCUGGCGCUGGCGGAGCUACAGCAAGUGACGGGCAGAAGGUCAAGAAGAAGUCGUCUGCGACGCUGAGCAAGGAAAGGCGACAGGCAACAUACGAUUCGACAGCCACAGUUGUUGCCCCCGUGCCAUCAGCGGUGCAGGGCGGCGAAGGAGAAGCUGUAGAGUGCGCAGAGCCGGCCGGCAGCCAAGACGCUCAGCCGCCUGAGUCAGCGACGGACGAAGAGCGUCGAGGCUCCUCUGCCUCUGCACAGUCCACGGCUUCGUCCGCUUCACGUUCGUCGACGUCUUCCUCCCAGCAUCUGGCCGACACAGCCCCUUCGACCUUUGACGCUGAGCCCAGGCAGUGGGUGCAUUGUUCAGACACGAUGGUGCGGACGGCUACGCUUGAGGAGGUUCUGCGCUGCAAGAAUGCGUAUCUGCUGGCGUAUCAGCGGGUGGAGUAGGCGGAGGAUCUAUGUAGAGGGCACAGGGAGAGAAGAUAGCAAGGCCGAGAGCCAGGAGCCGGCCCUCGCGCGUGUACAUACAAUCAUUGCCUUUGCUAAUCAAUGCUUGCACGCAAUCUCAUCUCGCUUGGA